UCAUAUCAACAAUGGCCCCUACUUUCAUAGAAACCCCCGUUGAGGUCGUCGUUCCUCAGGGAAAGGCUGCCGUUGCCGCCGCAACCGCCGGUGUUGCCACCGCCGUGGCCACCGUUCACCAGACCGAGAGCGCUAAGAAAUGGGAGAACUUCGCGUUCACUCACAUCCGUGAGAGCACCGUCUCCCGCGCCAUGACCCGCCGUUACUUCCAGGACCUCGACACCUACGCCGAGUCCGACGUCGUCAUCAUCGGUGCCGGUUCUUGCGGUCUGUCCGCUGCUUACAAGCUGGCCAAGGCCCGCCCUGACCUCAAAAUCGCCAUCAUUGAGGCCAACGUCUCUCCCGGUGGUGGUGCCUGGCUCGGUGGUCAGCUCUUCUCCGCCAUGGUCAUGCGACGACCGGCCGAGAAGUUCCUCGACGAGAUUGAUGUUCCUUACGAGGAGGAGGGUGACUACGUUGUCGUUAAGCACGCCGCUCUCUUCACCUCCACCCUUCUGGCCAAGGUUCUGCGUUUCCCCAACGUCAAGCUCUUCAACGCCACCUGUGUUGAGGACCUGAUCACCCGCAAGGACGAGUCGGGCAACCUUCGCAUUGCCGGUGUCGUCACCAACUGGACUCUCGUCACCAUGCACCACGAUGACCAAUCCUGCAUGGACCCCAACACCAUCAACGCUCCUCUGGUCAUCUCUACCACCGGACACGACGGACCAUGGGGUGCUUUCUCCAUCAAGCGUCUCGUAUCCAUCGGUGCCUACGAGAAGCUUGGAGGCAUGCGUGGUCUCGACAUGAAGACCGCUGAGGACCAGAUCGUCAAGGGUACCCGUGAGGUCGUUCCCGGUAUGAUCAUCGGUGGUAUGGAGUUGGCCGAGGCCGACGGAUCCUGCCGUAUGGGCCCCAUCUUCGGCUCCAUGGCCAUCUCUGGUGUUCGUGCCGCUGAGAUUGCCGUCGAGAUCUUCGAGGAGAGGAAGAAGCAGAACAUGGAGUAAGAGUUGCUGGCAUCGACCUCCUCCUCCAUAGGUAGUUUGAUUUUCUUUUGUUUGGAUAUUUUAGGGAUUUUUCUUGGUUAGCGAAACAAAAUACUGGCAUUUUUGGCCUCACACACACACACACACACUCAGAUGUAACUGGACUUGAAUUGGCUGCAUGAUUGAAAACCGUGAACAUA